AUGGCUCUGGGUAAAAGCAAAAGUUUAAAAGAAACACUAAAGUUCCUUUGUUUCUUCAAGAGCAUGAUACAUUCAGUAGGGGUAGGCUAUCAAGGAAAGUGGAAACCGUGGCAAUCAUCCAUCAUUCUAGCCACAAAUUCUAUUUUACGACUACAGGACUAUUUUUUGAAUAGGAGAAAUUAUUCAUUUUUAUUAACUGCUCAUUUUACCCAGGACUGUAUUGAAAAUCUGUUUUCACAAAUUCGUGUUAGGCAAAAGAGGCCAACGGCAUUACAGUUCAGGAACCUAUUAAAAUCAAUCUGUAUAUCGCAAUAUUUAACUGAUGUACCUGGGUCAUCAUACGAUCCUGACGAUAGGGAAUGGCUUAUUGACUUCCCGAGCAAUGUUCAUCAUCUAGCGCAGAAAAAGGAAUCUGAAAAGGAAAAUAUGUGCCUGCCUGUUGCUGUACCAUCAGAUCUACCUAUUGCACCACCAGUAUUACAUACACUGAAUGAGUCAGAACGGAAUGUGCUGUACCAUAUUUCAGGAUUAAUCAUACGUAAGGUAGCUAAGAAGGGGUCGGUUUGUACUAUUUGCGUGAGCAAAUGUAUUUCAACUCAGCCAUACUUAGCCAAUUUCAGUAAAUUCACAAUACUGAAGGACUUUACGGGACACGCCUUAAUUUAUGCUAAUGAAGAAACGUUUUUAUUUUUCGUUAAUUUGGAAACAAUUAUAAGGAGACAUUCUCUUUAG